AUGCCAGGGGUGAGCGGGAAAUCUUCUUUCUUUUUUAUCCACCUCUUAAUGUUCUUCUCUUUCAAGCUUUAUGCCCAGCUGAUUACGAUCCACCUUUCGCAGCUGACAGCACUGGUGCAUCCCCAUCCCAUAACAUCGGUGACAACGGAGCGCCUCGCUUUAUCACGGGUUAUCAAGUACGACUGUACUCCGAGAUGGACAUCCCUCGCAAAAGAAUCGAAUGCUGUCUACAGUGAAGAGGCAAUAUGUCGGGAAGCACAGAUUCCGGAAGAAUUCGGCAGUCCUUUUCAGUGCAGCGCCUCCGACACCCGACAAUUUCUCCCAACGAGUGUAUUUUCCCGGUUCCUGCGCGUGCAGUACCUGCAGGCGAACAAGUCGAAGGUCAACUUGGAAAUGUCCAAGAUACAGAGGUCUUUUGCCUUAGUAAAUCUUUCAACUAUUUCAUGGCCAUCACUCCUGACUGCUUCGAGGAUGUCAUUCUUCAUUCGCUUCUUGGUGCAGAAUCCUUCAAUAUCGGAGGCUGCCCUCAAUGACAAACUCACCGCAGAAGAUCACCGACUUGGAACCAGCACUGAGGCAAGCAUCUUUCGAUGA